AUGGCGUUGGUGAAUAUGCCCGACGGCGACGGGGCGGAAGCUCAGGAGGCCCAGGAGGCCCAGGAGGCCCCUGAGGCCCAGGAGCCUGAGAAUGGAAAGAAGAAGAAAAAGGAGAAGAAGGAGAAGAAGGCCGAAGUCGUCAAAGACGAGAAGAUGGGCCAAGUGAAAGACGAGGAUCUCGACUGGAUUUGGAUCGGUGGCGCAGAGGACGCGCGAGACCGGGAAGCCCUCGAGCGUGCCAAUAUCCGGUCUGCAUCUCGGAGCGCUUGGACCUUUGAGCUGAUUAGCUGGGCUUGA